GCCCAAAGUACUACCUUUCUUUCAAAAUGCUCAAGUACUUUGUUUUCUGUUUUCUUGUGCUUGAAUCAGCCAUCGCACUAGAUGAAACAUGUGUUACCGAUAUUGGUAUAGUAUUGGAGUUCAAUAUAUACCAAAAUAGCUGCCCAGAUGCAGAAUCGAUUAUCUUUUCUCAGGGCUGUGAUGGCUCGGUACUGUUGGAUGACACCACAGACUUUGUUGGUGAAAAAACAGCACCACCAAACCUGAAUUCUCUGAGAGGGUUUGAGGUAAUAGAUGCAAUAAAAUCUGAACUCGAAUCUGUCUGUCCGGAGACUGUCUCUUGUGCAGACAUUCUUGCAAUAGUUGCUAGAGACUCUGUUGUUCUAUCCGGGGGGCCAAGUUGGGAAGUGCCGAUGGGUAGAAGAGAUGGCCUGACUGCUAGCAAAGAUGCUGCCACCAACAACAUUCCUGGUCCAAAUUCCAGUGUGUCGACCCUAGUUGCCAAAUUCCAGAAUGUUGGACUUUCACUAAAUGAUAUGGUGGCCCUAUCCGGUGCUCAUACCAUGGGGAAGGCUCGGUGCUCGACUUUUAGUGCCCGGCUACAAGGAACCGGCAGUGGCCCGGAUGUUAAUCUGGAUUUCAUUCAGUCUCUACAGCAGUUAUGCUCGGAAUCUGGAAGCGGAACAGCUCUGGCACAUCUUGAUCUGGUGACACCGGCAACAUUCGACAACCAAUACUACGUUAACCUUCUCUCUGGAGAAGGGUUGCUUCCAUCUGACCAGGCUCUUGUUACUGAUGAUGACGGAACCCGUCAGCUUGUGCUUACCUAUGCAGAGGAUCCUCUGGCAUUUUUCGAAGAUUUCAGGAAUUCCAUGGUAAAAAUGGGUAGCCUGGUGUCACUGACCGGAAAUGAUGGCCAGAUUCGCCGGAACUGCAGGAAUGUCAAUUAGUCUUUGACUACUACCUUUAAGCUUUAGCUUUGCAUGUUCCCUGUUUUACAUUAACAAAUAUGAAUCUGGACUUGAAUCUCCGUAAUAAUAAUGAAAUUGAUGC